CUCAACGGUAACUAGGCAACGAGACGCUUCGCAGGCGCCAACGUUUUAGAGAUUGUGUUUUUCACCCAACAGACCAGUUAAGACUGAAUACAAAGUGUUUUAAACAUACAGUUAUAGACGUUUGAAUGAAAUUACACAAGAAUUGAUAUUGUGGUGGUGUGUUUUCGAUUAAUUUAAUGCGAUAUCUUUCGUAGUCUAUCGUUACUCUUUGGCUAAUUUAGCCGUAAGCAGAGACUUAGCGCCCUCGGCUCGACAAAAUAAGGGGGGAAUCUGUAUGAAGUUGUUAAAAAAUAAAGAUUAAUCUUCCAAGUGUGUGGUUAGACAUCAUGUCAGAUGCUGAAGCUAAGGAAGAGGGCAGGAAGAGUGCAGGAGUUAGAGAAGAAACAGAGGUGACCGGGCAGUCUCAAGUCUACACUGCAACCAGAGACACACUCUUCCCAAAGAAGUUAACUCACACUGGAACACAUGCAUUGUCACUAGAAUGGGUACUUGGGAUGAAUCCUGCUCUUCCUGCCUUCAGUUUGCAAGACCACAAUCAGCUGGUGGUCCUCUAUGCUGGAGCUCAUGUUGGGAUCAUAUACAAUCACACCUCAAACUCCCAGCAUAUACUUCAGGGUCACUGCCGCCCCAUCUCAUGUAUGUGUGUGAGUGAAGACAGACGCUGGAUUGCAACAGCAGACCAGGGGCCGAAGAGCACGGUGAUGAUAUGGGACUCCUACUCUGGCAUUCCUGUGCAUACAUUGUUCGAUUGCCACCCAGGAGGGGGUGUCAUUGCGAUUGCAUUUUCAAGAGACACAAAACAUCUGGUAACCCUCGGGGCCGAGGAAGUUCAAUGCGUGUGUAUUUGGGAUUGGACAAAUGAAACAGAAAAGCCUUUGUGCUUUACUGAACUCAAUCCUAAACAUGGUUUUCAAGAUUACAUCAUUUUUAAUCCAAAUGAUAGCACUCAGCUGCUCAGCAGCAGUGAACGCCAGGUGUUAUUUUACAGCAGGGCCCUGGGAAGUCUGCAAUACUUUGCCCUGAAGCUUAAGAAGCCUUCUCCUAAAACUGUCAACAUGGCUGGCGGGUCACUCAGCCAGUCUGUGUUUCACUGGAGAGAGUCUCAGAUCCUAACAGCGACUGCAGCAGGCAGCCUCGUGGUGUGGGUUGUGACGGAAGACUUAGCUGCAAACCAAAGCCUCCCCGGUGACAGAGUCAAGCUCAUUUGCCUUCAAAAAGAUCCGAUCACUGCCCUCACUGUAACUGACAGCUGUAUCGUAACUGGUGACACUCAAGGUCAUAUCAAGUUUUAUGAUGAAGCUUUCAUGCUUCUCACUUGGUACAGUGAAUUCAACCUGGACGCUAUUGUUUCCAUUUCCUUUUCCAAAGAGUGUACAGAGGGAUACCUGGAGGACUGCGCUUUGGACGCAAAACCUUUAAUCAUCAGGAACUUUGUUGUGUCCACAGUAAGUUCCACAGUAGUACAUGUGAAUGUGCAGAAAGGCAUCCCUCAAAUCCUGCUACAUGAGAAUUGUGAGCCUCUACAUGCAGUGGCCUGCCACCCCAAACAGCCAGCUGUGGCCAUGGGCAAUCAAAGGGGUGUUUUAAAAGUGUGGGACUAUGACAACAAAGUGGCCAUCUGCAGCAGGGUCUUCGAGACAGAGAAGCAGAUCCAGUGUGUCACUUUUGACCCUCAAGGAAUAUACCUGGCAGUUGGCUUUGGCAGUGGAGCUGUUCACAUACUGAACCCCAGCACUUUACAAAGUGAUCCAGAGGAGUGUUUCCAUUACACUGAAGACGGCAUCCAUCACAUCACUUUCUCCUCAGACUCAAAGUAUCUUGCCACUGCGGAUGCCGGAAAAGCAGUGACGGUGUUCCACUUGCAGACUAAUAAAGGCUCUUUGCCUCAUUGGACGUACAUGGGCAGAUAUCACUCCCACUACAAGCCCAUCAAAGACCUUCUUUUUGGGGUUCACCUGGACAGCACCCAACCCAGACUGCUCUCUCUGGGAAUGGACCGCCGACUGGUGGAGUAUGACCUGGAAAACAGUGAUGUGAAUAAGCUUCUCAUCUUAAACUCGGAGCGCCUUGACCAAAGCGCUGUGCCGAUGUGCAUGACUUGGUAUCCUCCCCUCACUACGGAGCAAUUUCUUCUCAUUGCCUCGGACCAAUACAAGAUGAAGCUUUUCAACAGCACUACCAAGAUGUGCAGAAAGACUCUCCUUGGCCCAGCAUAUGGCUCUCCCAUUAAGAAAAUGGUGGUCCUUCCCACGUCUAAAGAACCCGAGACGAACUCAUAUUACCUGGUCUACAUCACAGAAGACAAGGUGGGUCUCCAGAUUUUCCCUCUGGAUGGGAACCCGUACAAGUCCAAUGCUUUGAUCUGCCAUCCAACAGGGGUGUCUGCUUUUGCCUGCUCCUACGACGGCCGGUUUGUUUUCACUGCAGGAGGACCUGACCGCACUGUCCUGUCAUGGGAGAUAAGCUUGAAUGCAUUGGAGGCAGCAGCUGCCUUGGGAGGAAAGGACCUGUUACCCUUUUACACUCUUUUAGAGGGAGGCAGACAUGGCAAGUUCUACAGGGAGAUGGAGGACUUUUUCUAUUACUGCCAAAUCCAUCAUCAAGGCAUUGACUCAAUGGAGAAACGACAGCUGUCUACCAAAAUCCCCCUGUCAGAGGUUCCCUCUCUAAUGAGAGCUUUGGCCUACUUCCCUACUGAGCAAGAGAUAGAAGAUAUGCAUAACGAGGUCAAGUUCAGCAAGUAUGCCGAAACAGGAAAAUAUGUGACCGACAUCGACCUAGAGGAGUUCAUCAAACUGUAUGUCAACCACCGACCAGCCUUCGGCAUCUCUAGCGAUGAGCUUGCUCAAGCUUUUCAUGUCCUUGGUGGCCGUGAUAGCGCAGGACAGCGUGUUCUGCAGAGACAUGAGCUGCUAGAACUUCUACAGGCUCGAGGAGAACACAUGACAGAGGAAGAGGUGGCAGAGUGUUUCACAAUUCUUUUAGGCCUCAAUGAAGAGGAAGAGGAAGAAGGAGGAGAAGAGGAACGUUCUGCUCAUGGCAUUUUUAAAUCUGACAGUGGAGAUUCAGAAUAUUUGCUGGAGUGUGUGAUCCCAGAUGAGAUAUCUGUGGAGACAUUUACAGGUCACAUCCUAGGCUUCCCGUCCUCAGCAGAGCAGAGCGACAGGUCUUCCCCUCCAGAGUGAUCAAAGCAACAAAGUGUCUGCUAGUCUAAGAGUUGUGUUGGUGACGAACCUCAGACUCUCUCCUGCUCUUUUUAAAAGUUUCUUUCCAAAACAUGCCCUCACAGAGAUACUGGAAUUUUUAUGUAUUUGAAUUAAAACUCUAAAAAUAUUAAAAAGGUAGAUCCUCA